AUGUGGCACCUCAAAUUUCGCGCUGAAGGCGCACAAAUAAUUUCAGUAGAAAAACUUCUUGUUGCUGUAGAAGUGAGAUGGCCAGUCGAAGUGUUAGGAUCUCAUGCGAAGAAAAUGGACGACAGGUAAGC